UCUCCCUACGGCCCCUAUACCAACUGCCUCGGUUGAGCCUCUUUCUCAGUCCACUGGCCCACUGUCGGCUCCUCGUCCUCCACCAUGCCAGCUCGCACAGAGGACUACGAGGUGCUACUCUACUUUGUCAACGACACACACGACUGCGCUACAGUUCAGUUGCUUCGCGACUAUGGGCGUAAUACUGGUGCCACAAUGCUGCUUAGACCGGGCGAGAGCGUGACAUUGGUGCUGGACGCAGGCUCGGUGUACCAAUACGCGCUGAAAACGCGUUCGAAAGUGGCUAAUGUGACUGCACGAUCGUACAGGGACGUCAACUGCACAGUGUCGCAAUUGUUCCCCGGAGGAAUGCCGUCUGCGGCGGUACCCACAGGGCCAUGGCGGCCCGUUAACGGCAUCACUGUUGACCGAUUGUGGCGAGACAUGCGGUUCUGCCUAUGGAAUGAUUAUGACUCAUAGCAUGCACUGAGCACCGCUCGCUCAAUCUCUUUCAAACAUCCGCUCCCCUUGCCCGCUUGUCGCCGUCAUGCGGGCGGUCUGGACACGCCCAUCGACACGCCUUGUGAUAUGAUUUCGCAGGGGGCUGGGAAGGCUGAGCAGAUGCAAGAUACCGGCCCCAGGGUCGGGAACCUCGGCCACGAGUUUGUCCGCAACCUUAACAUACCCUUGCAUCGCGCUUCGUAACAUUAUUUCUUGCAUUCCAAGGUACUCUAUAUCGC